UCCUAAACUGUUCGUUGUGCUGUAGCGGUGGGUUUUCAGCAUGGCUCUUUCUCAGACCAUCGACGACUCUCCGAAUUGGAGAAUUCUUAGGCCCCCACCGGACUGCGAGCUCGCCGCUGUUUAUAAUGAGCAGCACCGACUGGCUCUAGAGGCUCUGGUGUCCGGGGGCGCAGAGUCUUUCGUGAAGUUCUUGCGGAGGGAGCGGCUGCCCUGCUUUCUUUCCGCCGCAGAGCUCCGGGGGAUUUUGGCCGCUACAGCUCCACCUGCCUGCCCCCUGGCUCUGGAGGAGUCGGGCUCAGAGCAGAGCGCCACAGUCGACGGAUCGUCUCUCACAUACUUCCCUGAGGUGUCGGAUGUGGAGCCCCCGCUACUAGAGCUCGGCUGGCCCGCCUUCACCACUGGGUCGUUUCGUGGUGUGACCCGGGCAGUGGCGCACUUCCAGCCCGCUUACGGAGACUCCAUCUAUCGCUGCAAGGAAGCGGUCCGGAGGAUGAUCCGCAGCGCCAAGGAGGUAAUUGCCAUAGUAACAGACUCUCUGACAGAUUUGGAUAUUUUCCAUGACCUGCAGGAGGCAUCUUUGCGCCGGGUGCCUGUUUACAUCGUGCUAGAUCAGUCAUCCCUCUCAGAAUUCCUGCAAAUGUGCAAAAGUCUUCAUGUGUGUCUGGAUGAGCUCCGGCAUAUCAGGGUGCGGACCAUAACCGGCUCGACUUACUACCUGAGGUCAGGUGCGCGGAUCGCUGGGAAGGUUCACGAGCGCUUCAUGCUGAUUGAUGGAAACAGAGUGGCUACAGGCUCCUACAGGUUCAGCUGGACUGAUGGUAAACUGAACAGCAGUAACCUGAUUGAGCUUUCUGGCCAGAUAACAGAGAGUUUUGAUGAAGAGUUCAGAAUCCUGUAUGCUCAGUCCCUCCCAGUGAACACCAGUGCACCCUCUAGUAUCAGAAACAGCGGAAUCUAUGACCACCUACUGCUCAAAACCCCAGGAACUCCAUGGGGCAGGGCAGCCAGCCUGGUUCCAGCAUGUCUGACCAGCACACCCAACACAGCCCACACCCAGCAGAGCAGACAGAUCCAACAGAUCAGUAAAGACAAGGAGAGUGAGGGUAGGAAAAGUUCUCCAGUGUCUGACAGCUCCACACUCGGAGAGGACUGGAUGGAGCAGGAACUUCGACAGGACAUUAUUGCAUCUGAAGAACCUCCAGGUUUAUCUCCUCUGAAAGCAGAGGAGGUUGAAAGCCCCAUUAGCUGUCAUUCUGUUGGAGUUAUGACCUCUUCAGCUGCCCAAAUCCGCCACAUUUCCACACAAACUAGCCCAACAGCACACUGCACAGUCCAGACAGAAACGCACCUCUCCCCUCCAUCCUCAAGCUCCUCCUCCACCACAAGCUCUUCCCCAUUGAGUGAUGGCCCUGCCCCCCAGAUGUUAAACCUCCGCCCCCCGAUCCAAGGCAGUAACCUUAGGAAGUGUUUCUGCAGACUGGCCAAAGAGCGGCAGCUCCACUACACCACCAUCCGCUCCAAACUGGACCACAUGAUGCUGCUGUUGGCCCACAGGCGUGAGCAGGUAGACGUGGGUUUAUCCCUCGGCUCCAACCUACACAAGGCCUACAGGGGCCCCGCCCACGCAGUAAUGGAGGGACCAUUUAUGGGAACGUGGCCAAGAGCAAGGGGUCUGCAGUGAAGGAUGGGGGAAGGGUAGACACAUGAUUUAAAUACCUCAGUUUUAAUACAUUUACACAACCAAGAAAAGGUUUUUAGUAAAUAAGGCUGUAGAUAUUGGUUAUCAAAGUUAUAGUUGUUGACAAUGUCAAUAACGGAUAAACACUUUAAAAACAAAAAAAAACUCACUAUAAUUCUGUAUAAUGUUCAUAUGAUCCAUGUGAUCAUUAUGGCAGAUUGAUGUACUACAGCGAGCUUAGGCUUCUAUAAAAAGAAAUCGCUUGUCGCACACAGUAAAACACUUUAGAUGCCACUCUCAUAUAUCGCAUUUUUCUUUACAGUGGUGAUGGUGGUAGCUUGUGAUGUCUUCAACACAAAUAUAGCCAUUUUAUUUAUUAAUGACUGGUGAACCUACACAU